CAGCGCGGAGGGCUGGGCUGGGCCGCGCCGCUCGCUGCAGCGCUCGGCUCCGCUCCGCCGUCGAGGAGGGAGAAGAGAGAGGAGAGGGACGGGACCGCCUCGCCCAGCCCCGCCGCCCGCCGCCCGGCCCGCGCCUCGCCGCCCGCCCCGCUCGCCCCCACCGCCGCCCGCGCGAAGAUGGCCGGCUGGCAGAGCUACGUGGACAACCUGAUGUGCGAUGGCUGCUGCCAGGAGGCCGCCAUUGUGGGCUACUGCGACGCCAAGUACGUCUGGGCAGCCACGGCCGGCGGCAUCUUCCAGAGCAUCACGCCGGUAGAAAUAGAUAUGAUUGUAGGAAAAGACCGAGAGGGUUUCUUCACCAAUGGUCUGACCCUUGGUGCGAAGAAGUGCUCUGUGAUCAGAGAUAGCCUGUAUGUCGAUGGCGACUGCACAAUGGACAUCAGGACAAAGAGUCAAGGUGGUGAGCCAACGUACAACGUUGCUGUAGGCAGAGCUGGCCGAGUCUUGGUCUUUGUAAUGGGCAAAGAAGGGGUCCAUGGAGGCGGAUUGAAUAAGAAGGCAUACUCAAUGGCAAAAUACUUGAGAGACUCUGGGUUCUAGUUGCUAGGCAGACUGUUAAGUAUUAGGGGAAGAUUGCUAUUAAACUUUCCUGGUGGUGAGCUUUAAACCUUACAUUCUGGAAACUUUAUUAGCAAUGCAGGGUGAUGGGGUAUGAACCUGUGUCUCCUUUGUAUCCCUUUGUUGGUGGGGAAAGGUGUUUGGGUUUGUUUUUCUUUUUUUUUCUUUAAUUCCGUUCAUUUCUGUUUUGUUUCCUUGUGUACUCCAGCAUUGGUUAUAGUCAUGGGAAAGGAAGGUGUCCAUGGAGGGACACUCAACAAGAAAGCGUAUGAACUGGCUUUAUACCUGAGGAGGUCUGACGUCUGAGCAGCCUCUCCCCAUCACCGAGCAGCUUCUGCUCCGCCACCCAUUGUGCUCAGUGCUACCAGACUGUAGAUGGUAGUUUGUGGGUUUUGUUUCCCCAUUUCCUGCUGUCCCAGUCCCCCCGUUCAUUCCUGUGUUAACCGCUGUACGUAACCGCGUCCCGUAUCUGGCACCAUCACUGCACCACAGAGAUAUGCAUGAUACCUUGAGAAACUCGGGAGGGAAUACGCCAAGUGUAGGCACGGCGUUGGCUUAGCGAUUAGGGUGAUACUGACAACUAAAACAACUCAAAUACUAAACAAGGUGCCGAUUGUACAAUCUAAUUUGAUCGAUGCCUCUUCAGCACUUUGAGCAAUGACACACGAGUCUUCCUUUCACGGAGCGCGGCUGGGAGGAAAGAAGUGCAUGCAUAUCUUCUGUCCCUCUUUCUGUUCUAAUCCACGUUUGUUUGCUCACACCCAUUUUUAUAGUGCCUGGUUUGUUUAACCAAUUUGCCACUCGAAAGCUAUUAAUGUCGCGCUGGUUUUGUCAUUGCACUUCACUGUAGGCUUAAGUCUCUUAUUCUUCCUUCACGAUGUCUGAAGCUCGUCCUGCUGAACAAGUGCAAUCACAAAACCGCAAGGGGUACAGACGCGCUUCCUCCCGUGACCGUAGCACCACCGUCCCGCGACCCCACGGACAUUCCAUCGUUGCAAUAGCGCAGGCACUUUUUUUUUGCCAGCCCCUGUUCUGUAGCUGACCACUGCAGGGCUGCCCUUGCGGACACGAGGUCCCGCCACAACCACCUGGAGUGUCUGUUUCAGUUUCUGAUAGGACCAAUUUUGAUUUGCAGCCCGGGGCUGUGGGCGCUCCUGGGUUUGGGUCUGGGGGCGCGGGGUCCCGUGGGGAGCUGCCCGCGCGCUGCGCUCCCCGCGGCCGGCGCUCGCACCCGAGUGUCCAAACGAUGCAUUUCAAGCGGAAGCUCUUCAUCCGGCCCCACGCUGCAGGAGCCGCGGGCGCGCCGCUCCUGCUCCUGCUCCUGCUCCUGCUCCUGCUCCUGCUCCUGCUCCUGCUCCUGCUCCUGCUCCUGCUCCUGCUCCUGCUCCGUCGUUACGCCCGUAACCAAACCCCCGCCCGGCGCUGCGUGUCCAUAGAGAGCUGCAGAGCGCGGUCAGAGGAAUAGUGGGAGAGGGUGUUGUUGGAAUGACUGACUUGGCUGUCUUGUGAUGAUUUUUUAAUAUGUAUUCUGUGCCAUACUAUUGUUUAAAAAAAAAAUGAACUGUUGCUAUUGUGAGAUGGAUUUUAACCGACUAGGAGGGUUUCUUUGGAAUGGCACUACCUAGGGACAUUCUAGUAUUUGCUUCUGUUGUUGGGCCUUGUGGAUAAUGUACAGAUUUAAACAAAUUCUUGUUGCUGAUUUGUCCAUUUCUUUCCCUGCACUUUGUUACAUCUGGGAUACAGUCUAACUCAUCUGAUUUAAUAUGCAUUUCAAAAAAUGCCAUAACUAUUAAAAACACCUUGUUUACAGACAGAUGAAAUAAAUUUAUUCCAACCAAACGAAA